CUUAACGUAGAAUAUAUAUUACUGUACGUUUCUAAAAGCUAGAAAUGUAGUGUGGACCAGGAGCCCUGCGAAGCAUUAACUUCUCUCACCUCAACUGACCUUUGGCAUUGUUUCAGAUGAACUGCACGAGGAAGCAGGAUACAAGCAAAGGAGCCACUCACUUUAGUUGCGUCAUGCGUGCUACAAUCAAAAGAUAAUAUACAGUGUGUUGAGCUUCUUCCACUCCAAGUCCACCAUGCCGAUCGAGCUGGCCAUGCCUCUGUACCUGUCGCGGGAUGACUACCGGCAGCGGCGGUGCUUGAAGAAGGUGGAGCCCCUACGCCCCUGUCUCCCCCGCCCAAUCCCCCCCAGGCCCGAGGAGUCCGGCGCCGCCCCCGGCAACCGCGCCAAAACCAAAAAGCAGGUGUCAUUCGCCGACCACAAAGGCCUGUCCCUGACCGCGGUCAAGGUGUUCUCCGAGUUCGAGGACCCCAUCGACAUCCCGCUGAGCGUGCGGGACCUCCUGGGCUCCAUGACGGGGCUGUGCCUGGCCGGAGCCUGGGCCGGGGCCGGGGCCGGGGGCGGGAACGAUCUGGUCCUGGACUUUGCCCAGCCGUCCUCGGACUACCUGCUGUUCCGCCGGCGCCUGGAGCAGCAGAAGGUGUGCCUGGAGCACUGCACGCUGCGGGAGCGCUCGCUGAGCGGCACGGUCGCGGUCAGGAACCUGUCCUACGAGAAGACGGUCAAGGUGCGCAUCACCUUCGACACCUGGAAGACCCACGCCGACGUGGAGUGCGGCUACGUGAAGGACACGUACGCGGGCGGCUCCGACCGGGACACCUUCUCCUUCCAGCUGGGCCUGCCUGAGGAGCUGCGCCCGCACGAGCGCGUGGAGUUCGCCGUCUGCUACCAGGCCGCCGGCCAGGCCUACUGGGACAGCAACCAGGACCAGAACUACGGCAUCGUCCGGGCGGCGCUGAAGAAGGGGCGCGGUGAGGGGUCGACCGGCGGGCCGCAGCGACAGGGCCCCGCGGAGCCCGACAUUCAAAUGGACCCCUACGGGAGCCCCCGCUGCUCCCACGGCAUCUUCCCCGACUGGCCCAGCUACGCCGCCUUCCAGGAAGUGGGACCGUACUACUGAAACCGCGCCUCGCGGAACACGACCGCGCUAUUCACCGCUGAACCGGCAGCUAUCGUGGCGACCGUAGCUAAACCUCAGCCCGCGUCUCUGCGGGCCGCGCCCCGUUGGAAAAUGACUGCGACGCGCGGUACUGUACACAGACAUUUGUGUGUUCUCCGUUAGAACAGGCAAAACUUCAGCCACCUGCUGUUGUGUACGGUCAUCAACAGGCUGAGCUGCCAAACGGGAAGGGGACUGCAGCGGUAUCGGGAGCCGUGCCGCACGGUCAACUUGACCAGACGUGGUCGCCACGGUCAAAAAGCCUGUGGCCCUCAGCAUCGGAGCUGAGUGGUCAGUUUGGCUGCACAAGCUCACAGGAGCCAAAAGGACCAUAGGGGACUAACCAGGAAGCAGCAGGGCUUCAAUCUGCCCAGUGCAAUACCAUGAAGUCUUGUGUUAUUAUAUAUGAGGGGAAAUGAAAUGCAAAGCCAGUUUUCCAGCUGUUUUCAUGGGAAUGACAACGGUUAUUUUAGACCUAGGUCACUUACGCAAGUCCCAAAGAUGUAUUUUAUGUGUGGUGUGCAGUGGAGUUACAAGCUGCGGUAAAUAAUUUAAAAAAGCACCAACCACUCGUUAUACAUGUUGUCCGUUAGGCUGUGUACAGCACAGCUGUGACAUUUGUUAAAGGAAUGACAUUUCAGGCUGUCCACACAGUGGGUGAUGGGAAGAAUUGAGAGCCUUCAUGAAAAAUGAAUGGGAACUCUGUCAAGCUUCUUUUCUCCUGUGAAACGGUAGCUAUGUCUGCAGAGCCAACACUCGCAUACGUGACGGGAAACCGCGUUUCUCACAGAUCUCUGUGGGCUGUCAUUCUUAAAGUGAAACCAAAGGCUAAUGAAUUGUAGCAUAACCCUACGCAUAGCAUAACCCACCCCCCCCUUCCCAGGAGAAAUGCAGUAUACUGAAAAUAGAUUGGCAGAAUGUUGUGACCCUUCACAAUAUUUUGUGCGAAUACACUAGCAGUAUAUAUGUUUUAAAAUAAACUGCUGUGAAAUCUAUUUGUCAUAUUUUCAGAACAUUUAUAAUGUAUUGUAUUAUAUGCUAUUUCCACAAGGAGAGAUGUCCAGUUGAGGAAUUAUUGUCUUGGCAGGGUACGCAAUGAAGUAACAGUAAACCUGCCAUGUACCGUCAGCUUUAACUGUCAUUUAGCCCUACUGCAGAAACAGAGAAGAUUAUCCAAUGUUGUGAGCUGCAGGAUUUGGAAUAACUGUGGCUUGAGGUCCUAAAUGGAGUCAGAAUAUAAAUGCAUUCAGGGGUGACUCUUUAUGACACUUUUAGGUUCCGUUUUGAUGUAAGGUGGAUUAUGAGGUUGAAAUAUCUGGUGGCUGAAGGCUUACUCUUGCUUCUCAAUGAAUUUCAAUCACCACAGAGGUCACCAGCUUUUGUUCGUUGGCUGCCAUUCUUGUAAAUGCUACCAUAAUCUGAGUUGUUUACAGUAAAACAUUUUGUAGAUAUCCUCAUUUUAUGAUCCCUGAAUGUCCUACGCUUGAUUUCUGGUGGUAUAACCACAGACAUUGAUCUCCGUGUGGCUUUCUGUGUGGGUUCCUGCUUGUGGGGCCGUUUUGUGCAAAAGGCAAAGGGCCAGUUCUCAUGUAAGAUUGCCUUUGUCACAACAGAAAUAUGCCGUUAAUGCAUAUUGGCCUUCAUUAACUGUUAUUGUUAAUUGAUUUCUAUGACAGUAACUUGUGUUCUACUUAAGGUUGUGGCUCAAGGUUCUGAACAUGCUUAAACUUUCUUUUCCUUUUUUGAGUGUAUUCAUUAAAACGUGAGACCCAACGAAGUGAUUAUACUUGUGUAAAGAUGCCAGGAACCUGAGAAAUGUAAAGUCAUGUCACUGUAAAUGAGUGGACUAUUACUCAUUGUGUUCCACUGAUCCAAUAACAGUGAUAUUACUUUUUUAUGAAAUUAAUGUAUGAAAAAAGAUAAACUAAUUUAAAGACAAUUAUUACUUGGAAACAUUUUUAAUUGUUAUUAUUGAACAAUGAUGGAGUUCAAGAAAGUAACCCAGUAUUUUGUGAUGUAAUUAUAUUUGGUGUUAUGGGCAAUUAUGAUCUGUGAAGUUCAAAUCUGUUUUAAAAGUUAAGGUUUUAAGAGUUUGUCUGGUGUCCUGUUUUACUGUGUCAAUAUCAAAUGUUAAGGUGAUGUGCUUCCCCCAGAAUAAUAUAACUCACUACAAUUUUAAUGUUUGAGAAUGUUUAGGGUAUAGAGGGAAAUGCUUGCUUUGUGCAGUUACAUGUUAGUUUAAAUUUGCCUUGCACUUUAUAAGAACCCUAACACUAAUUUACAGAAAAUAAGAGGAAAAAUAUGUAUGCCAUUCACUAAUUUUGGUGUCAGGCAUUUUGUAGUUUGGUAGUUGGGGUCAUUAUGCGGUAAUUGUACAUUGUGGUGACUUUUGUUCAUUCUGUUUGUUCUGCAAAACAUACCUUCACCAGGGUGUUUGUGUUUCCCCUGUCACUGCUUAUUCAUUGUCUGUGAAAUCCUCAUAGUUUGUAUUCAAGCUGGUCACUAUUUUUUGAUUUUUUUGUAAAUAAAGUCACUUUUUGAAAAUA